UAGUAAAUCAGAUUCUUUUCUGGCUAACAGUGUUGGUUUAAUUUAAUUUUUUACAUUAAUAUAUUUGAUUAGAGUUGUUAACAAACAGUUAUGUGAAACAUAAACUAAUCGGCCUCAUGUCAUUAAACACCGUUCCCGGCCCCUAUAUAUAUACAUACAUGUUCAUGGGAAGGGACAAGCAAGCAAGCUAAGAAAAUCAGAGAACGCAAGAGAGAGCGAGACUGAGAGAUCUAAAUCUCAACAACAAUGAGUACUGCUCAUCCGGAGGUAAAAGCUGCGCAAGCAGAGAGCGUUCCUCCAGAGAUAACCAACGCUUGGAAUGAUGCCACUAGCUUGCACCGUGCUUUUGAAGGAAAAGGUUGUGACGAAGCAACAAUUGUUAAUAUUCUUGCUAAUCGAAGCGCGACAGAGCGUGCUCUCAUAAGGAAGGAGUAUAAUAGUAAAUUUUCAGAAGACCUUGACAUUGCCUUGUCUAAAGAGCUUGUUACUGGUGAUCUUAAGGAAGCAGUCUUACUUUGGAUGCGUGAACCAGGAGAUCGGGACGCAAAAUUAGUCCAACAAGCUUUAACUGGAGAAUUCAAUAUCGCGAUUGAAGUUAUAUGUUCGCGUACCCCAUCCCAAAUUCAGGCAUUGAAACAGGCCUAUCGUUCUAUGUCUGGUGUUGACCUUGACAAGGAUAUAGGAAAUCAUGCAUCCUUUGAUCAUAAAAAGUUGUUGCUCGCAUAUGUAGAUACAACACGCUUCGAAGGCCCGGAAGUAGAUGCAAAAAUUGUGGAAAAAGAUGUCAAAGAACUAUACAAAGAUGGGGAGGAGAGACUGGGAACUAAUGAGGCGACUUUUAUACGCAUUUUCACUGAAAGAAGCUCGGCUCAUUUGGCUGAGAUUAAUUCUGUUUAUCGCCAUUUGUAUGAGAAUUCGUUGGAGAAGGCGGUAAAGAAGGAAACAUCUGGGAGAUUCGAGUUUGCGCUUUUGACAAUCUUACAAUGUGCUGAGAAUCCUGGAAAGUACUUUGCAAAGGCAUUGUACGAGGCGUUGAAUCCACUCAUAGCUAUAACUGGAAUUGAUAAAAGAAAACUUACAAGGAUUAUUGUGUCAAGGGCUGAAAUUGAUAUUGAGCAAAUAAAGGCAGAGUACAAGAAGGAAAAUAAGAAAUCAUUGAGUGAUGACGUUCAUUCAAAGACUUCUGGAAAUUACAGAUCCUUUCUUGUCUCACUUUUAGAGCCCAAUCACUAGGUAACGGGCCACCGGUCACGUGCCUCUAAAAUUCUUUGUUCACAUGUCUCAAUGCAUUUGCAGUCACAUGAUCUAAUGAGAAUCUCAAGAAGUAUUCCAAUUAAGGUUGUGUGGCUAAAAAUGCAUUAAGAAUGGAAAAUAGAGUUUUGAGGAUAAAGAAUCCAGGCCCAUAAGUAUCCAUUAGAUAAUGUGUGAUAUAAUUAUAAGAUGUGGAUAUGGACUCCUCUGUUCUUAUGUGUUGGUGAUUUUGGUUGUUCUUGUGUGUUUGUAAUUUGGGUUGGUUGACGAUGUUGGACAUGAUAUUGUCUGGUUGCUACAUUUUAGAUGUUGUUAUUAAUAAAGUCAUAUUGGUUGUGU